AUGUCGGAGGUUGCCUCGGGGCUGGCCAGGCGGGCGUACUGGUUGUGUGCUAAGCGUGGCUGCAACGCUUGGAACUGGUGUGACAAGCGGUGGACGUGCAAGGCGUGCGGCACCAGUGCUCCCCCAUGGACGAAGGAGUACCGCUCAGACAAGCCCCCCCCGCGGGUGGACGCAGACGGGUUCGUGCAGCAGCCCAGGGGAAGGGCUGAGCAGCGUGCGGCGAGGCGCUCGGCCUCCCAGCGGGCCCUCUCGGGGAGCACCGCGCCCAGCAGCGCCCCCAACAGCAGGGCACGGCGUGCGCGGCCCUGGGGAGAGGCCAAGACCCAGAUCGAGGAGCUGCAGGCGCAGCUCGUGGCGGCCAGGGAGCGCGUCGACACGCUCCAGGGGGCCUCGGCGCUCGGGCUCUCAGUGGACUUCCAGCGUGAGGCGGAGAACGCCCUCCAGCAGGGCAAGGACCAGGUUGCCGCCCUGGAGCGGUCCGUCCAGGAGGCCCAGCGGACGGAGCGCCCGCCUCACUCGGUGCUCCACAUUGAGGCCAACGCCAUCCAGAAGGUCGAGCGCCAGCUGGCCACGGCACGUACCAAGAAGGAGAAGCUCCAGCUGCAGGCGUCCGAGCUGCGCGAGCUCAUCGCGGAGAAGCAGGAGCAGCUAUCGGCAGCCGAGUUGGGGGUUGAUGAGGUCACUGGGCAGAUUGCAGAGCUGGAAGAGACCAGGGCCAAGGUCACGCAGCAGGCGAUCCAGCGGGCCAACGCAGCUGUCGGAGGCGUGCCGAGCCCGCUUGGGGACGCCGUCCAGGGGUUGCUCACUCAAGUCGGCGCCCUUUCGGAUCUCCUCAAGCAGCACGGAGCCGAUCUGCCACCCAGGUUCUCGGAGAUCGUCGAGAUUCUCAACACGCAGAAGGAGGCGGUCGCCGACGUGCUCAGGCCCCGUAGCAGCUCGGCCAGGAAGCGUUGGGGCGACAGCGUCGGUGACGACGGCCUCGCGACUGAGGAUGACGACAUGCCGCUCGACAUCGUGGCCUCAGGCGGGCCUGCGGCCGCCCCUCCCGCUGCCGCCUCGCUGGCAGGGCCGACCGCGGCUGGGCCGCCAGCCACGCGGGCCAGGCCAGCGGACGGACCCUACGGCCCUGCAGCGGCCCGCGGCCAACACGGGGCGACCCUGGGCGCGCGGCCUCAGGUGGAGCCCUGCCUCGCAAAGGCCCUCGCCGAGCAAGGGGCGGCCCUCUCGGACGGCGACCCCUUGGCAGCCGUCAUCGGCAAGGCGCCGCUGGUCGGCAGAGCAGGAGGCCAGCAGCUUCGAGCAGGCCUAGUCAUGUUCGGCUGCAAUGGCAACGCUUGGAGCAGGAGCAUUGAAGCCCUCGAGGCCUUCUUCAAGGCGUACGACUACUGGCCCGACGUAGUGGCGCUGCAGGAGACGAGGCUCCCGCAUGAGCGCCUGCCCAGUGCUGCGGCUCAGGCCCGCGGCCUGGGUUACGCGGCCUUCCUCCACGAGGCGGCGCCGACGGAGAAGCAAGGGCCCCAGGCGACCUCAGGCGGCGUGGCGAUCCUGGUGCGUGACGGCUUGCAGGCCGACGAGUCUGCGUACCCUUUGCCCUCGGCCUUGCGACACCGCCUCAUCGGGGUGGAGGUCGCCGCCGCCUCGGGCCUUCGGGUCCUGGUGCUUGCUGGGUACUUUCAGCACUCUGUGGGCCCUCGAGGCACCAACCUGGACUUGUUUUCGGCCAUCUCGGAGGAGUUGGGGUGGCCCGCUGCGGUGCGGGGGCAUGUCCUAGGGCCCUCGGAGGCGACGUGCCAUGCCGAGGGAUGUGACCACCUCUACGACUGGUUCGUGGCCUCCGCGGCGUUGGCAGCCUGCACGGCCUCCUGCGCCACCACGCUCGAGGGCUUCGGUCUGCACCCUCAUCGCCCUGUCCUGCUUCGUCUCCAGGACGUUCGGGCAGAUGCGUUGGUGGAGGUUCCGUCCAGGCCCGCACGCUUCCCCGAAGUUGCUCCUGAGCUCCUACGGGCGCACGAGGACGCGGAGAUUGUGUGCUACUCGGUUGGCAAGAAAGGACAGGUCACGCCUAGGAACGUCGCGUGGUCCUGGGACACAGGCACUUCACCGACCAACCUCUCCGUCGCCUUCAGCGAGUGGGCGGCGGCUGCUGAAGGCACCCUGGUCGGCAUCCACGGCAUCGUCCAGGCAGACUUGGCCCGUCAUCUCGGCAGAGGAGAUGGGCCGCGGCUGUCCCUCAAGCCCCUCAGUGCCUUGGUCAGGCGGGAUGCCAGGUUCAGGUUCAGCCUCCUCACGCACCGCUUGAGGAGCUGCCUGGACGUGGCCCUCCAGCGGCUGCGCGCUGAGAGGACUGGCCGCUGGCACCCUCGGCAUGCUGACUGGUACGGGCACCAGGCCGGGCUCAGGGCGCAGCUCUUGCUAGAGGCGGUGCAGGAGGCUGCCGACACGGUCGGCGGGGCUCUUCCUGGCGCAGCUCCUGAUCGACUAGGCGACCUGGUGUUUCAGGCGGGCGUCCACGGCAGCCCUGAUGCCGUUCGGGACCUCCAAGGGCUGCUCGGUGCAUCGCAGCGCCGCGACGCGGCUCAGAGCGCCCAGGCCUGGCGCAACUGGGCACAGACAGCGGUCGAGAAGGGCGGUCGUCUGGCCCACCGCUUCUCGAAGGCGACGCCCCCGCCGACGGUCAGGGGCGCUGACUCUGGCAGGAGGCUCGUUGGGAUGGCAGCGAUCGGCGAGCUCACGAGUGUCUGGCAGAAGCUGUGGCUCCAGGACGGGUUUGCCCUGGGCGCUGGGGCCAGCAGCUGGGACGUUGGCGAGUGGCGGCUGCCACCCAUCUCGCUGGAGCAGCUCCAGGCGGCCUGCAAGCGCUACAGCCCCUCGGUGGGGCUCGGGUGCGACUCUCUGCACCCUCGGCAGAUCCUCCUGCUGCCCGUGGCGCUGCAGCAGCGCAUCCUGGACAUCCUGGCGGCCUACGACGACGCCCCUGCAUCGAUCAGCGGGCAGGUCUCCCUGAUGGUGUUCAUCCCGAAGGCAGAUGGAGGGGUAAGGCCCAUUGCGUUGCUGCCGCUGGUCCUGCGGCUGUGGUCGCGCCUCCGCCAGCCUUGCUGCGCCCGCUGGGAGGCUGACCACGACUUCCCCUUUUUCUGGGGACGUGACGGGCGGGACUGUGAGCGGGCUGGGUGGCUGCACAACUGUUUUGCGGGGUUCGCGAAGGCGAACCAGCAGUUCGAGGCCGCGAGCCUUUUCCUGGACAUCAGCAAGUUCUACGAGCACGUGCGUCACGAUGUUCUCUGGGCGAAUGCAGUACGUUUCGGGUUCAACCUCAGGCUGUUGCGCGGCCUCCUCACCUCCUACCAGGCCCCUAGGAUGAUCCUCGCGGCGGGCAUGGCUUCCCCCGCCUUCGGCACUACGGGUACGGUUUUGGCUGGGUGUGCGUGUGCGACAGCAGUUGCGAAGCUCCCAGUGCUGGGCGCCCUCCUGGCCGCGGGGGCGACGUGCCCGUUGGUCACGCCGAGGAAUGUUGUCGACGACAUCUCGCUCCAGGCGGUCGGCACGGCCCGACUAGUUAAGCGGCAGAUGUUGGUCUCCAGCUGUGAAGUGGUCCGCCUGCUGCGUGAGCAGCACCUCCCACUCAACGAGAGUAAGUCGGUCUUCCUGGCCUCGUCGCCGCAGCUCGCCAAGGAGCUUUCCGAGGCGUGGGCAGCGCAGGGCCUGGCCUUCAAGAGGGGACUGCAGGCGAGGAACCUCGGCACCGACGCCAACAUCACUCGUCGAGGCGUGCAUGAAGGAGCAGGGCGUGCGGUCGGCGGCCUUCGGCGUGGCCGCAGGCUCGGGGUGCUUCGCUCAGCUGGGGCGGCGACCGAGAUGGUCCACCGUGUUGGGCCCGCCGCAGCGAUGCUGUGGGGGCGUACGGUGACUGGUGUACCUGAUAGGGAGCUUCAUUCGUGGCGCUUGGCGGCUGUGCGCUCGGCUGGGAGGUUCCCCAAGGGCGCCUCUCUCGGGCUGAGGCUCAGAGCGGUGGAGGUCAUGCGGUCCAUCGACCUCGACCCGAGCCCCGCGCUGCUUCGCGCCGCUGUGCAGAUGGCGGCAAGCCUCCUUCAGUCGGGGGAGGUCUCGCAGCGCAUGUUCGAGACGGCCGUGCAGGAGGCGGAGCGGAGGCACGCGGGAGCAGCAGCCCCAUGGGCGCACUGCCGUACGCCACUGGAUGCCUUGGCCCUCUCGCUCACCAGGGUGGGCUGGAGGCUCGUCCAAGGCACCUGCCUCGCCACCGACGACGGCCACAUCCUGGACCUGCGCAUGAUGGGGCCGCGCGAGCUGGGCCUGCUGGCAGCGGCAGGGGCGCGGCGUGCUUCGGACAGGUCGGAGCUGGCCCGCCUAGGCCACGGUGCGCUCCCCCCGUUGCCCCUGUUCUGGGAGGCCUUCUCGGAGGUCCUCGGGCCGGGCAGCAAGCUCAGCCCCAGGGAGAAGGCGGCGCCCCCGAGGGCCGCACCGAGGUCGGAUGCCAUGGCUGUCAUGUGGCGCAAUCGCCCCGCUGACGGUCUCCUCGGGGGGCGUCUCUACCUGGAUGGGUCGGCGCUCGACCCUGAGCACGCGAGCCUGCGGCGUGCGGGUUGGAGCAUCGUGCAGUGCGACUCCGACGGCAACAUGGAGUGCGCGGUGUACGGCAGCGUGCGCCAAGACCUCUGCCCUUUCCAGUCGGCCAAGGACGGCGAGGAUUUCGCGGUCUGGAUGCUGUCCCGCUUCCUGGGCCCGUGUGUGGACGAGAUCCUCAUCGAUUGUGCGUCUACGGUCAGCUGCCUCACGUUGGGCAAGAGGUACGCGACGGCAGCCAACAAGCCCAAUGCCCAUCUCUGGGAGGGGAUCUACGCUUCGCUGGACGUGGACAUGCUCAAGGUUACCAAAGUGGCAGCCCACUGCACCGCCCGUGACGUGCUGGAUGGCAAGAUCACGGAGGCGGACCUCCGCGGCAACGGUCAUGCCGACCGCUGGGCCAAGGCAGGUGCGGAGCUGCACCGCUCCAGCCCCGUGGCCAGGCGUGAGUUCUUCGGCACGAUGGAGGUGGUGAGGGAGCUCUCAUGCUGGGUGGCGCAGGCCUCCCUCAUCUGGCAGGGGAUCGAGGUCAAGGACUGCGAGGGCCUGCCUGAGGGCAGCGAGCGGACGGCUGUUUCCUUCGCCGAGCCCGUGGUGGAGCCCGCCAGCUGCCGCCAGUCCGACUCGGGUUCGGGCGACGGGUGGGCCUCGGCGGCGCGCGCUGGUGGAGUAUCCCUCGGUGCGACGGCCUUCGUCGUCGCUGGCCACGUCCUGGCCUUCGCCAGGUGCGGGGAGGGCGCCGACGAGCAGGAGCUGAUGGCGUGCACCCACUGCGGGGCGUACGCGCGGCUGGGCGGGCGCUCAGGCGCGGCGCCCAAGCUCAAGGAGCAAUGCCCAGGGUCUGCUGGGCUUCCCAAGGGCAGGCGCGACCAGAAGGCACGCUGGCUGCAGGGGCGGCAUCCUGCUGGCACGCCCCACAGCGGCAGCAAGCGGGUCGGCGCGACAGUGCCCAGCCUGCGCAAGGAGGACGUGGUGCCGAUGGACGCCAGGGUGCGCUUCCUGCAGGAGGCAUGGCUGAGCGCCUACGGCCUGGACGAGGCGAGCCUCCUCGAGUGGUCAGCCGCGGCUGAGACGGCGCGCGAGGACAGGCGCAAGAGGCGCCGCCUUGCAGUUGAUGACGAGGGGUCGUGA